AUGCUCGUCUCUCUCACAGUCGGCAAGGUCGACGCCGGCGUCACUGUCCUUCUGACCCCUGACAAGCGACUGAUCGAAUUCCCCUCCAUUCUUCUUCCUCCCGACAUCUCCUCCGGCUCCAUAGUCGACAUCAACGUUGCGCGCAACAAGGCCUCCGAAGCCCACGCCGAGCGCGCCUUCCGUUCCCUCCAAGACUCGAUCCUCUCCUCCUUCGGCGCCGACGCGCCCUCCCCACCCGUCCUCCGCUGCCGCAACGCGACCCAGACCAGUGUUGUUCUAGAAUGGGAUCCUAUCCACCUCGCUACUGCCGAUUUAAUCUCGCUGGCUCUCUACCGGAACGGCCAGAAAGCCGGCAACAUCCCCAAGCCCCUCGAAAUGCAUUCUACCAAGAUCAGCGGCCUGGCGGUCGACACCGAGUACACCUUCCACCUCAUCCUUCGCACCACGGCCGGGACGUUUGCCAGUCAGCGCGUGACGGUCCGGACGCAUAAGAUGACUGAUUUGAGCGGUAUCACCAUCACGUUGGGCAUCCUCCCCGCGGUGGUGAAGGAGGGGUUGACGGCGGCGGUGGAAAGGAUCGGGGCCAAGAUUGUGGAUGGGGUUAGGAUAGACACCACGCACUUUGUUACCACGGAGGGCAGGGGAAUACAGUGGGAGAAGGCCAACGAGAUGAAUAUCCCGGUCGUGAGGCCCGAGUGGGUGGAUGCUUGCGAGAGAGGAGGGAGGAUUUUGGGGGUGACCAAGUUUUAUUUGGAUGCCGCGAGGGUUGGGCCGGGGAGUUACGAGACGCCCCUCUCGGCGACGGCGCCGAGCCCGGUGCCGAAGCAGCCUGAGCCACAGCAGCAGAAGGAUUUGCCUCCUCAGCCACCGGCUGCUGAACCUGCCGUGGCGACGACCGGUGCGCCCUCUGGAGAGGAGGCGAAGGAACAGGGAGGUGGUGUUGAGUCUGGCUCCAGUGAUGGCGAAGAAGACCAGGAGGGGGAUGCUGGAAAGGAUGAGGAGAACGAUGCGGAGCCCGGGUACAAGGCGCUGUCGGGGGAGCAAGAUCAUAAAGAGCUCCCUUCACACCCCAAGCAACCCACUGUUGAAGAAGGUGACAACGACGACGACGACGAUGAUGAUGAUGAUGGGAGUAAUAAAGGCGAGGACAGAAAAGGCAGCAGUAGCGCCGACGAGAAAGGAGGAGAGAAAGACGCGGGAAAGAAAUCCCCAGGUGACGGAGCGUCCUUUCAGGAUGUCGCUCUUUAA